AAGAUGAAUCUGACGAAGCCACGUUUCAUGCUUGGCGGAACGCCACGUAGCUCCAUGGCUGCAUGCAGGGCGACACGUAUCACGUCGGUUAUAUUAUGCUUUCCGUUCCCGUAUCUUCCGGCCUUUAUCAGUUGCACACGUACUACAUGAACAGCCGCCAUUAAUCAUAUCCAAUUUUCUUCAGAAGAAUCUGCCGGACAGGAAAAAUGGUGAAAUUAGCGUCGGCGAGAGAUUGCCGAGUAUACGGGCCGGGGCGAUCGCGGAGCAGAGCGGAAUACAUGAACGCCGGCUUGUAUGUCUUCUCGACGGUUGUACUGUUGUGCGGUUUUGCGGCGGAGCUGUCGCGGGAGCCGAAAUCGGGGCUAGUUCUCUUGCUCAUAGCUUUCGCGCUCAUCGCCGUAGUGAAUUUUCACGAUCUCUUGGCUCACCUCGCCGGCCUUGAUUUCCGGCUGUCGUUGUUCGCCUACGACACGCAACUUGCCGUCGUCGAGUUCGCCGCGCCGCUGCUUCACAUCCUCGGCUGCCUCUGCUCUUUCCUCGGAAUCCUUUUCCUCUUCAUCCAGGAAGAAAAGGGGAAUUAUAGGUACUAUGAACUGGAGAAGCAAGCUUUGAGCCUGUUGAUUGCGGGGCCUACACUGUGGCUGCUAGGUUCAAUCCUGAAUUCAUGUCAGAUAUACGAGAGAGCCGGCGGGCACAUGCAGAUUCUGCAACAAAGCAUCCACAUUCCGUUCCUGAUGGGGAGUUUGCUGUUUCUAGUGGGAGCAAUUCUUAAUUUCACCAGCAAAGACAACCACCAUACUCAACUCAUAUACCAUAGUUUCAGAUCAUUACUGAGUGGGAUGUGGGUGUGGGUGGGGAUAUGCGGGAGCACGUUGCUAUUUGUGGGGGGUUUGGCGAACGUGGUGAAAGUGUUCAACGUACAGCAGAUGAGUGGAAUGAUGAGACUUGAGAAGCUGAGGGGCGGAGCGCAAGAGCGAUUGAUGCAUGAAAGAGAAGGCAGAAUGCCGCUUAUCUUAGACGAGGCAGAGAAGCAGAGGAGGAGAAAAAAGCCGCCGCAUGAGGAGUGGCAACCGGCGCCGGCAGCUCCGGUUCCCGCUCCGACUCCGUACAAGGAUGUUCUUGUCGGGAAUGUUUGAACACUUGUGCAUAUAUCCACACACCUCUUACAGCCUUAGAUUGUUAUUGGAGUUUUGUCGAUCUGUUGGACAAAUUAGUUUUAACCCUACUCUCAAUGUUUAUUUAAACAUUUUUUUAAAAGUUUUUGUAUGUAACUAAAAAUUACGAAACACCAAAUCCAAUGCAACUGCAUGAUAUCCUUGUAAGCA